AUGUCUGAAUAGGAAAGCAAGAGAUUAAGAAAGGACUCAUUAGAAAUCAAGAGAAUCUUAGUUGGUGUUGCAGGUGGUUCUGCUGCUGGUAAAACUACUUUAUGCACAAACAUUCGUAAGGAAAUGACUUACGAUGGCUGCUUCAACGUUCUUAUUGUUCCACUUGAUUGUUUCUACAAAGGUUUAGAUAAGACAAAAGUUAAUCCCAAAGAUUACAAUUUUGAUCACCCUGAUGCUUUGAACUUCGACUAAGCAUACGAAGUUCUUCUUAAGCUUUUAAAUGGUGAAAAGGCUGCUAUCCCAAGAUAUAACUUCGUCACUCAUUCUCCUGAAGAAGAAAAAGAUAUCGUCGAACCUACUGAAGUCAUUCUUUUCGAAGGUAUUCUCUCACUCUAUGAUGCUCGUAUUCGUGAACUUAUGCAAUAUAAAAUCUUCAUGCACUGUGAUGAUGACAUUAGAUUAUGUAGAAGAAUUGUUAGAGAUGUCAAAGAAAGAGGUAGAGAUGUUGCUGGUGUUUUACAUUAAUAUAAUAGAUUCGUCAAGAGAAGUUUUGAUGAAUAUAUCAAGCCUACUAUGAACUAUGCCGAUAUGAUUGUCCCUGGUUCAAGAAACAAUAUGGUCUCAGUUUAAUUCAUUGUUCAACACUUGAAGACUAAGGCUAAGUAAAUUGGUAUCUAUAAGAAGACCGUCAAGAAGUAAAUAGUUUUCGAUGGUGAUGUUGUUGAAUCCUUUGAACACAAUAUCCUUAACUAAGGCUAAAAGAAAGAAGGUUAUAGCACAAGUGAAGACUUAAGCUUUAAGAAAGGUAUGGUUUUCCCUACUAGUGAUGAAAUGAAGAGAGACAUUAACCGUAACUUUGAAAUAAUGACUGAUAAGUUUGACUUUAAGAGAGCUACUUAAAUAUUUAAGGAGUAUUAAAAGAAUGCUAUGAAUUUAUGGGAAAAACUCAUUAUCCUUGAUGAAGCCUAACCUGAAGAUGUUUAAGGUUUAGAUUUAGAUACUUUCUUAAACAAAAGAGAAACUAUCGACUUUGCUUCUUUAAAAUAAUACAUCAUCAUCGCUAUUCCAGUUUUGUUACCUGAAAAUGAAGCUAAGAUUUAAGAAGCUUGCAAUGAAUUUUUACAAAAGAAUCCUCGUUGCAGAAUCGUUUUUACUUCUCUUUUAAGUUCUUUAUCACAAAUUGCUAAUCUUAAGGAUAACUGUCCCAAUAUCAUCCACUUUAUUAACAUCCUCUGCAUAGCUAGCAAGGAACGUUUCAUUAAAAACAUUAAGGAUAAUUAUCAAGAUGAAUCCACUUCUUCUUUCUUUGAUCCUCUCUUCUUGUAUGAAAAAUUAUAUAAGCGUACCAAGAAAUCUCUUGAUAAAAUUUUAUUAAAGCACAACAAGAAUAAAAGCAAAAAUUAAUGA